AUGCUAGCUUUUGCUAGCAUCUGGUCACCGCAAAGAGAGAUUCAUAUUAAGCGGUCCGUACUGCCGCGUGUUUGGACAGGCUUUGCGCAUAAGUCACUUCCUCGAGCCCUCGACGAGCCUCCCGCUUCUCGCCCGGUCGGUCGUAUUAGCAUCGACAUCGACACCGACACCGACACCGACACCAUGGAUUUCCAACACACCAAAGGAACGUUUGAGCUGGCGGGGAAGCAUUUCCCCCGUGUGACUUGGUACAGACAGAAAGGAAUGCGGGGGCUGUAUGUGUGCUUGCUGUUCGUCGUCCUCACAUCGGCGACAAAUGGUUAUGAUAGUUCGAUGAUGAACGGGUUGCAGAGCCUGGAUCAAUGGCGCGGUUAUUAUAACUAUCCUCCUCCUUCACAAAUUGGCUUGUUGAAUGCGAUAUGGCCCGUCGGAUCUCUCGUUGCCCUUCCUUUCGUUCCUUACACGGUCGACAUUCUCGGUAGACGGUUUGGAGUGAUGAUCGGAUGUGUGAUUAUGCUUGGUGGAGUUGCGCUUCAGAGUCUCGGGUUUACUUUUGGCAUGUUUGUGAGCGCUCGAUUUUUCAUCGGAUUUGGAGUCGCCAUCGCCCACGGUGCAUCACCCCUUUUGAUCACGGAAUUGGUCCACCCUCAGCAUCGCGCAAUCUACACGGCGAUUUAUAAUACGACCUGGUAUAUGGGUAGUUUUGUCGCUGCUUGGCUAACGUUCGGCACAAACAAAAUCCACGGGAAUUGGGCCUGGAGAACUCCCUCGGCUGUGCAAGCAUUGCCGUCUGUGCUACAGUUGUGCUUUAUAUGGUUCGUUCCGGAGUCACCACGAUGGCUUAUAUCUCGGGGGAAGAACGAGCAAGCGUUGAGAAUUCUUGCCGAUGCGCACGCGGCAGGUGAUAAACUAGAUGAAGUCGUUCAGCUGGAAUUCGCGGAGAUUCGUGGAACUCUGAAACUCGAGCAAGAGCUUGAAGGUAACCGUUGGAGUGAGCUAUGGGGAAAACCAGGGAAUCGACACCGUCUUAUUAUCUUGGUCUCUCUCGGAGUCUUCUCGCAAUGGUCAGGAAAUGGACUUGUCAGUUAUCAAAUUCAUAUCGUGCUGAAUCAAAUCGGGAUCACUGAACCCAGCAUGCAACUUCUCAUCAACGGCGUCCUCCAAUUUACGAACAUUAUGGUCGCGACUGGAAUGUGCUUCUUUGUCGACCGCUUAGGCAGACGAACUUUGUUCCUCAUAUCGACCUCGGGCAUGUUCGUAUCAUUUGUUGUCUGGACAAUCUGCUCGGCUCAGUUUGCCAUCACCCAAACCAGGGCUUCUGCGAAUGCAGUCGUCGUGAUGAUAUUCUUGUACUACAUCUUUUACAAUACUGCUUUCGCUGGACUCUUAGUCGGAUACGGAGUGGAAAUCUUACCAUACAACAUCCGCGCAAAGGGCAUGACUAUUAUGUUUCUCGCUAUCGAUUUGUCGCUUUUCUUCAAUCAGUACAUCAACCCAGUCGCCCUCGACAGAUUAACAUGGAAAUACUAUAUUUUCUACGACGUUUGGCUUCUCUUCGAGUUGUUCAUCGUGUACAAAUUCUUCAUUGAAACGAGAAACACUCCUCUGGAAGAAAUUGCGAAGCACUUCGAUGGGGAUGGCGCCAUCAUCGGUGGAGCAGCAACUCUUGAUAAAUCAUUUCAAAUCGCUCAAGAGAUCGAGAAGGCUGGUGGUACCCACAAAGACGAUGAUCAUGAUGAUGAAAACGAGAAAGCUCGAGCAAACCCAAUUGUCACUGCUGUUUGA